AUGGCUGAGGAGGGGAAGAAGGAAAAAGAUAAGAUAGAAGAGGAGGGAAGUAUGGCUGUCCCAGCGGAAGCCAGCAGCACUGCGGCGGUGCAGGUGACUGUAACGGAGGCUGACAGCCAGGCUCAUGCUCGGUCUACUGUUGGGUUAAAGCGAGAUGAAGAGGAUUCAGAUUUUGAUUUGGAUGACCUCCUCGACGAUUUCUCUCCAUCAAAAAACCUUCCCUCAGCUACUCCCGCCGCAUCCUCCUCGAAUAAACCCCCAUCCGCCUCCGCCUCCACCUCCGCCGCAGGACCACAGCUACCGCCAUCAUUCCCAUCUGACCAAAACGUCACCGGUGCCUCCGAAUCAGACCUCGAUGAGGACGCCUUCCUCCGGCAGCUUGAACACGGCAUGGCGGGGCUCUUGCAUCAAAAACCCACUGGCAGCGAAGGCGGUGGUGGAGAUGGAGGGGAUGGCGGUAGCGACAGCGAACCAGACUGGGAUGCCCUUGCGCAGCGAAUGGCGCAGGGCGAAAUGGAUCCGACGGCUGUUAUGAAAUUACUCAUGGGGGAGGGGGGUCCUGGUGCGUUAGCCGGGGGGAUAGAGGGGGACUUGGGCGGCCUUGGCACCAGUGGUGGCAGUGGUAAGGAGGACGAAAAGGGAGAAUCCGGGACGACGUCCGGUGCUACUGAUGCUGCUGGUGCUGCUCGUAGUGCGAGUAACGCGGAAGAUGGGUUCCAACAAACGAUCCGCAAGACGAUGGAGCGGAUACAAGCGUCUGGGGACAAAGCUACCGCUGCGGCGGGGGGGUAUGGGGCCGACGACGACGACGAUGUACUCAUGCGGUUGCUGAAGGCGGUGGGCUCUAGCGCUGCCGGUCAUGCGGGCGCCGGUGAGGCCGACGACGAGAGCCUCGAUAAGCUCUUCAUGGGAAUUAUGGAACAGUUGUCGAAUAAGGAUAUGCUCUACGAGCCGAUGAAGGAACUGAAUGAUAAAUUCAGUCCGUGGCUGCGGGAGAAUCGAGACAAGGUACCCAAAGAGGAUCUGGAGAGGUAUGAAUUGCAGGCUACCAUUGUGGCGGAGAUUGUGGCCAAGUUUGACGAGGAGGGGUAUUCGGAUGACAAUCCGGCGGAUAGGGCUGCUAUCUGGGAGAAGAUGCAGAAGAUGCAAGCCGCGGGGAGCCCGCCUGAUGCCUUGGUGUCGAAUCCGCUGGCGGAUGAACUUGGGCUGCCAGGCGCUUUCGCUGGCGUGGGAGGGGGAGGUGGAGGGGGCGCUGAGAUGCCGCAAUGUCCGCAGCAAUGA